AUGCCAAACGCCGGGCUCAAGACCAUAAUAGCGCUAUCGUUCGUGCUCGCGGUCGGCUUCCUACUCGUCAUCCUAUCAUGCGCCCUCUGGAAGGUCUACUACCCGCUGCUCGUCGUCGCCACCUAUGUCUUGGCGCCCGUCCCCAACUGGAUAGCUAGGUCCUGUUCAAAUCCGGACGAUUUUGUUGAGUCCUCGGGUGGCGCGGCGCUCGACCUGGGGAGGUUCUGCACUGGUUUCUUGGUCGUCAUGGGAAUUGCCCUCCCGAUCGUGCUGGCCCAUGCCCACAUGAUCAACGCCGGCGCUUUGGUCAUGUCUGUGGCUGGUGGCCUUCUUAUUUACGGCACUGUCAUAAGCUUCGGCAUGUUCUUCACUGAGGAACAAGAAUUCUAA